AAUGAUCGCCUAUGGGCGCUUUGUGUGGACACAAGCUCAACUGAUUUCCCCGUGAACUUGACGCGAGUCCAUUUCGCAGUUAGCGGCGCUGGAAAGUGAUCCUCCGUGACAAAAACCAUGGCAGACACCGGCAAAUUCAACGAGAGGGACUACACUUCGGCUAAAGAGCGCGUCGGCAAUUUCUUCAAGGAAUUCGUGAAACGAGAUGGCCGCAAGAAAGUUCGCGUUUACGCCGAUCAGAUCCGCGAGAUCGCUCACCGAGAGCAGACGUCUCUCGUCGUUUCCCUAGAUGACGUUUCCGAAUAUGACCCCGAACUCACCGAAGCCAUCAUCAACAAUGCUCGUCGCUACGAGAAAAUAUUCUCCGACAGCGUAUACGAUCUCCUACCCGAGAUGAAAACUAGGGACUCCGUGCCUAAAGACACACUCGACGUGUAUAUCGAGCACCGUAUCAUGAUGGAGCAACGUUUGCGACAGCCUGGCGACACGCACGAUCCGCGUAACAAUUACCCACCAGAGCUCCUGAAGCGUUUCGAAGUUUACUUCAAGUUGCCCGCCGAGCAGAAAAUGAGCUCGGUUCGGGAUCUGAAAGCCAUCUACCUCGGUAAGCUCAUCGGGGUGAAGGGUGUGGUGAUCCGCUGCACCGAAGUCAAGCCUCUGAUGAGCGUUGCCACUUAUAUCUGCGACCAAUGUGGGGCGGAAACUUAUCAACCAAUCAUUUCGAAUCAAUUCACCCCGCUCGACACCUGUCCGUCACAGGACUGCAAGACCAACAAGAGCGGUGGGAAACUCGCCCUUCAAACUCGGGGCUCGAAGUUCAUGAAGUUCCAGGAGCUGCGGAUUCAGGAACACAGUGACCAGGUUCCGGUAGGAGACGUGCCUCGGACGACAGUCGUCUACGCUCGUGGGGAAAAUACUCGUCUAUGCCAGCCGGGAGACCACGUCAACAUCACAGGCGUGUACCUGCCGCAGCAGAAAGCCGGUUUCCGUCAAAUGAUGUCGGGUCUGCUGUCGAGCUCUUACGUCGAGGCUCACAGCAUCAUCAAAAUGAACAAGCUCGAAACCGCCGAACUCGAGGAGGACCUCACAGAGGAGGAGCUCCAGGCCAUACAAGAAGAGGAUUUCUUUGAAAAACUCGCUGGAUCGAUCGCGCCCGAGAUUUUCGGUCACGUCGACGUCAAGAAAGCUCUUCUCCUCCAACUUGUCGGAGGAGUCGACAAAAGACCGGCCGACGGCAUGCACAUCAGAGGCACCAUUAAUGUCUGCCUCAUGGGCGAUCCUGGAGUGGCGAAGUCGCAGCUACUGGGUUACGUCACUCGACUGUGCCCACGUAGUCAGUACACGACUGGCAGUGGUUCUUCCGGCGUGGGUUUGACGGCCUCUGUCAUGAAGGAUCCCCUCACCGGUGAAAUGACACUCGAGGGAGGGGUGCUCGUUCUCGCUGACGGCGGUAUUUGCUGCAUUGACGAGUUCGAUAAAAUGCACGAAAAUGACCGAACGGCUAUCCAUGAAGUUAUGGAACAGCAGACCAUCUCGAUCGCAAAGGCGGGAAUCAUGACCACCCUCAACGCUCGCGUGUCGAUCCUCGCAGCUGCCAAUCCUCUGUACGGUCGCUACAAUGUCAAAAAGACCAUUGAGCAGAACGUGAAUCUCCCGGCGGCUCUGUUGUCCAGAUUCGAUCUCCUGUUCUUGAUCCAAGACAAAAUCGAUCGCGAAAGCGAUCUCCGACUCGCACAGCAUAUCUUCUACGUCCACCAAAACUGUACUGAGCCUCAGCUGAGCUUCACCCCUCUGGACAUGAAGCUCCUCAGACGGUACAUCCACUCGUGUCAGAAAGUCGACCCGUACGUUCCCGAAGAGCUCACCGAAUACAUCGUCAAAGGUUACGUCGCCAUCCGGAAGGACGCUCGCGGCGGAGGGGCCGACGCGGCGUUCAUGUCACCGAGGACUCUCCUCGCCAUCCUCCGAUUGGCCAGCGCACUCGCUCGUCUUCGAACGAGUGAGAUCGUAGAAAAGGAAGACGUGGAUGAAGCUCUGCGUCUCAUGGAAGCGUCUAAGGCCUCGCUCCACAACCAACCGGAUGCACAGAACAAGAGGCCGCAAUCGGUUGUCGACCGCGUGUAUCACAUCAUCCAGGAAUUCGCGUCGUCCACCGGCUCGAAUUCGGCGAGGAUUUCGGAAUUGCUCGAUCUCUGCACAUCGAAGGGAAUCAAGCAGAGUGAUUUCGACAAAGCCAUCAAAGAGUACGAGGAACUCAACGUCUGGCAACUCAACCAGAACGGGACUCGACUCACCUUCAUCUAAUAAUAACGUAAAAAUAAUGAAAACACCCACUUCAUCUAUAGCAGACAG